UAGCUCACUGAGUAACGGCAGUGUGAACAUCUUCCAUAGAGAAAACGGACGGGGUGGUUAUAGUUACUCAUCAUUCUCCAUUGCUCCAUUCUCCGCAUACACUCACAACCCGCUUUUCUCUCUCAAACAUCGUCGCCGCCCUUCCCUCCGAUUCAUCUCCGUCGGCCUCGCCGACACGAAACCGUAGACGAAUAACUCCAACAAUUCUCAGGUUUGAGGCAAUGCCAUCGCCGGCAUUGUAAUUGCGUGUUCGGUAGAUCCGUCGCCGGCAUUGUAAUUGCGUGUGCGGUAGAUCCUUCGCCGGCAUUGUAAUUGCGUGUGCGGUAGAUCCUUCGCCGGCAUUUUCUUUCUUUAAUAUUUUGAGAGGAGCACCAGGAAUCGUUUGGCACUAAAGAGAAAGUGAGAGAGGGAGAUGAAAUAAGUUCGUACUGAAGAUGGCGUCGAGGCAAAUGGAAGAGAUUCGGAAGAAAUUGGCUGACCUUAAUUACCCGAGAGCGAAUGCCCCUGCACAGUCCCUCCUAUUUGCUGGCAUGGAGCGCUAUGCCCUUCUAGAGUGGCUCUUCUUUCGGCUUUUAGGUGAUAAGUCACCCUUUUCUCAACAAAACAUACAAGGGGAUGGCCUUGAUCGUGAUGAGGAGACAGGUCGAAUUCAGUAUUUGGCUGAGAUUGCUAAGUUUCUGGGUAUUACAACAACUGUAGAUACAGAUGCCAUUCAGGGGCAUGGAAGCUAUGAAGACCGUACUGCAAUGCUUCGUCUUAUUGUAGAUCUAGUGGACGCAACAAUAUGCGCAGAUAAUCCAGAAUGGAGUGUUGACGAGCAGGUAGCCAAGGACAUCCAAUUAAUAGACUCCAUUGCAGAAAAACAAGCUCAAAUAUUUUCUGAAGAAUGUAAAUUGUUUCCUGCAGAUGUUCAGAUUCAGUCCAUAUAUCCAUUGCCAGAUGUUUCUGAGCUGGAGUUGAAGUUUUCUGAACAAUCAAAAAUAUUGUUGAAUCUUCAACAAAAAGUUGAUGACUUGGCAUCCAAGCAUGCUUACAAUCCUGAUGAGGAGUAUACUGAGGUGGAAUCCCAAUUGCGGGCACAUUUGGAAUCUUUUCUAGAAACAGCUAGAACAUUCAAUUUGAUUUACACCAAGGAAAUUCGUCCAUGGACACACAUGAUGGAGGUUCCGCAACUUCAUGGAUUUGGACCAGCUGCCAAUCGUUUAUUGGAGGCCUAUAAAAUGCUUUUGAAGUUUUUGGGCAACCUACGGAAUCUUAGGGACUCACAUGCAGCACUUGCCUUCGGUUCUUCUGAGACAUCCGACGGGCCUUCAUCUGUCACACGAAUAAUCUCUGAAUGUGAAUCUGCAUUGACAGUCUUAAAUCGUGAUCUUGGAAUUCUCUCUGCUUCCAUUGCUCGUGAACAGGUAGAGAAGAUGAACAUUUGACGAAACAUGAGAAACAAGUUAUUAAUCCUUAUUCUUUUGGAUUUUGUGAACUUGUGCAUAAUGUUCAUAUUGUUGACAUGAUGUGUGCUGAUGUGAAGUCAGCACGGUUGUCAGACUGGGUCUAUGUAAACUUGUGGAGGGUCUGAAGUGUGACACAUAGACUUCACUUGUAAACUGAGAAGAGUAUAGCUAAUACAAAAA